AUGUCAUCCAACGACAAUUCAUUUGUUAAAAGUGAGAAAGUUAAAGGUAAAAAAAGAUCGUAUACAGUUACAGAUGAACCAGAAAUUAAUGAUGUUUGUACGAAAGUAAAUAAGAGGGUUAAAACACAAGAGAUUGAAAAUAAUAAAAUAUUUUCCAAACUCUCUGAUAACGAGAAAGAAGUGUUAAAGAAAGAAUGGGUUGAUA